AGCAGCUGUAGUCCCUCCCCGGGCCAGAGUGAGCACAGGGAGCCUGGGCUGCUAAAUGCUCCAGCCUCAAAGGGACGAUGGUGGAGGGCUGGUAAAGAUGGCGGCGCUCUCCGAGGAUGGGAGAUACGGAUUAAAUUGUGGCCAACAGAGCGCAGACCGAGUCACCGUACUGCACGUCAAAUUGACCGAGACAGCACUGAGAGCGAUAGAGAGCCACCAAAAUUGUAUGAAUGUACCUUCUGUGCGGCCAACGAUACAAUUCAAAGGACUCCAAGGGCGCAUUAAAAUUCCCAAGACCAAUUCCUCUUCUGACACCUUCCACAAUUUUGAUUUCUACCUGUCUAAUGUGGGCAAGGACAACCCUCAGGGAAGCUUUGAGUGCAUCCAUCAGUAUGUGUCAAGCUCAGGGGCCUCACACCUGGCAUUGUUGGCGACGGUGCAGGACAAGGUCACAGUAUGUGCCACUAAUGACUCUUACCAGGUGACCCGGGAACGCAUGACCCAGGCCGCGGAGGACACACGUGAACGUGGGACCAAAGUCAUCAAGCCUGGGGGCCAGUACAGAGGAAAGCAAGUCCAUAUCCGUAAGCCGGUGUUAUCGGCCCCAGAGGUGGUCCCAGAGCGCAAGCGGUCCACACCCAUCAACCCAGCCAACACUAUUCGUAAGUGCCUUUCCAAUAACCCGGUAUCACAGCGACCGUUUCGGGACCGCAUCGUCCACCUGCUGGCUCUGAGGUCCUACAAGAAGCUGGAAGUGCUUGCCCGUCUGCAGCGCGACGGUAUCAACCAGAAGGAUCGAAACUCAUUGGGGACCACCCUGCAACAGGUGGCAAACCUGAACCCCAAAGACAACACAUACUCACUGAAGGACUUUAGUUAUCGUGAUGUCCAGCGAGACUGGCCUGGCUACUCUGAGGAUGAGAAGUCCCAGGUUGACCGGAUCCUAGCUCGCAAAUUAGGUCUUCCUACUGAGACCCUUUCAUCAAGCAGCCCUCCCAAAGAGAGUGUCCCCACAUCCCCUCAGAAGCGCCAGCCAGACUUUGACUUCAUCGAUCCUUUGGCACCCAAGAAAGCCCGCAUCUCCCACCUCAGCAAUCGGGGGCCUGCCGUGUCUUCAUCCUCCUCUGACCGCCGCGAGGAUGAGGGCAGCCCCAGCUCUAAACGCUCAUCUCUACCUUCCAACGUCACCUCUGGUCCUCCCACCCAUCUCCCCAUCUCGUCCCACCCCCCUGCACCCUCUCACCAGCAACCGAGCCCAGCCUCUAAUUCCAACUCACCCAGCACCCCGGAGGGCUGUGGCACCCAAGACCUGCCCAUGGACCAGAGUUCCUCCUGCAGAGACCCUUCACCCAGCCCCUUCUCCUCCGACAGGACCCUGCAGGACCGCUAUCGGCACCCCGUCCCUGUCUCCAGACCAGCCGCCUCCCCCAGCCCUCCUCCUCGCACCUCACUCACAGUCACCUCCACUGUCAUCACCAGCCCUCCCUUGUCUAGCAGUACCAACAAGAAGUUUAAAAAGAAAUCCAAGAAGCACAAAGAGAAGGCUCGAGAGAGGGACAAAGGGAAACGGACAGAAAAAGACAGCAGAAGUCCACCUAAUGGAGCAGAGCAGGCUGAAGAGUCUCGUAGAGCCAAAAAGAGGCGCAGUCCUGAGGAUGAGAGCAGAGAAGUUAUCGCCAAGAAUCCUCACAAAGACUCUACAGAUAAAGAGAAGCCAAUCCAAUCCACUGAAUUCUCCUCCACAAUUGAGAUUCCUGACUAUGUAGUCAAGUACACGCCGUUGGUGUCCACAGACCAGCGACAAAGCUACAAGAAUGACUUCAAUGCAGAGUAUGACGAAUAUCGCCUGCUACACGCCCGCGUGGAGAACAUCACCCGCCGCUUUACCCAGCUGGACACCCAGUGCCGGAAGCUGGCACCUGGCACCAAAGAAUACCAGAAAGUGCAAGAAGAAGUCUUGAAAGAGUACAAAAAGAUGAAACAACACAGCCCCAGCUACCACGAGGAGAAGCAGCGCUGCGAGUACCUGCACAACAAGUUGGCACACAUCAAGCGGCUAAUAGCUGAUUUUGACCAGCGCAGAGCCCAGGCCUGGUGCUGAGAGCACAGCACACAUCCUCACUAAUCAGUAUUGAGAACGGAGUUUCGAACCAGGAGGGGCUGUCCAACCGGCUGUUAUUUAUUAACACCCCUUCAGUUACUGCCUCCACUAUAGCCCCAUCCCAACCCCUCUCCCUUCCCUUUUUCCCAUCAUCCUCCUUCAUUCCUCCCUUCUUUUCCAAUCUUUGAUUCCACUGGCUUCAUUGUUGCCUGUAAUCUUGAACAUCUUACUUUUGACUUUACCCCACAUCUUCUGCUUUCUCUGUGGGUUUUUUUUUCCCUCAAUGAGCUUCUGUGGAAUUUCAUACCAGUGGAAGGGGCUGCCUGCAUGUGUGAAGGGGCUUGGGGAAAUCUUCUAACCUUUUGAAGGACUUCAGGCAAAAAAAGAACAAAAAAAGUAUUUUUGAGCAUCAGAGAAAAUAUUGACAUUUAUUUAAGUUAAAAAAAAAAAAGAGAGAGAGGGAGAUCUAUUUAUUUUGGGACUCGUAGUGCAAAAGAAGAGUCCGCAGAUGAUAUAUCGUUUAACUUUUGUUGAAAACAAUGCAAAAAAGUUACCGCGGGCCUUACGUGUUUUGACUUUGUGAAGCCACUUUGCACGCAAGAUCCAUUAUGUCAUCUCAUUUGGCAAAGAUGUCCCUCCUGUCUCAUUGCCUUUCUUUUAGAACUGUACUAGAUUAACCUUGCUUCAACACGUUGGUAUCGUUGCUGCGUUUGAUGCUGAGGAGGAAGGAAAUGAGACGGGCAGGAGAAAUCACUUGAGCUGAUUGAGAAGCAAGAACCGUAUGUGUGCAUGGAUUGUAAAUUUAGUUGUAAUGGCGACGCGGGGUGGUGUGGGUGGGGUAACUAAAGGAGUAUAAUCCCCUGUCAGUAGGGGGCAGUAUUCCCCCGCACCAACAGUGUUUAGUGUUCUCGGUGCAUUAUGGGUGCCUUAAGGUGUUUACACACAAAUGUCGAUGGGCCGACCCUUGGGGUCCACAGGCCACACAAAGGAACUAUAACUGCCUGGUAACUGGGGAGGGGUGUGUGUGUGUGUGUGUGUGUGUGUGAGAGUGUAUGCAUGCAUGUCUAAGUAGUGGAGGACAGCUGGAUGUUAAGUCUGGAAGGAGUGUUACAAAUUGUAUGUGUGUGUUCGUAUGGUUGUGAAUUAUGUGGAGUAACAGGUAAAAGGAAAAAAAAAAGUGAGAAACAUAAAAUGCAAAAAAAAAAAGCUGCUAUAGAGUUUGACCAGCCAGAGCACUCAGGAUCAACCUGGCUGGAGUAACAGUACCUGAUCUUAAUUGAAGAGAUAAUGAAGAUCCUUAUUUUCCAGAAUGGUACAUCUCUACACCCUGGAAAGGACUGCUCCCACCGCCUCAGCUUCUCUAGUGGCAAACACUCUGUGUUUUUUGUUUUAGGAAGAAGCGAAAACUCAUCAUCCACCAGAGGACAAAUCUGUAUUACAAUGUCAAAUUUAUUUGAUUCUCAGUUUGAGUUCUGAAGAGCAGUGAAAAAUUUCAGAGUAGCAUUUUUAUUUACAACAUUGAUACCGAUUUAGUUUGAUGGAUGGAUGAAUGGCUUCUGUGAAAAGUCUUUAUUUCAACAAGGGAAAAAUUGUUUACAAACCUGUUAGAAUGUUUGCCAAAAAUUAAAUAUUUUUCUGGUACUGCAUCUGUGGAGUAACAUUUCUGACUGGGGCUUAAUUUGAAUGAGACAUUAAUACUGGAAUAUAUUUUGCUUGUGACAUGAUGUCAGAUAGUCAGUCUCUGCAGCAGACUGGCUUUUUUUGUUCAGCUGUCACAAUCAGUUUAGCGUAAUUACAAACUUCCUUGUUGUCUCAAGUUAUUUUGGAGAGAAAAAUCAGCACUUGUAUCUCAGACGUGUCACAACAGCAUAUAAAAAAAUGUCGACAAGAUUUCAGGCUCCACUUGGGAUUUAUUACUUAACUACAUCUGUGGGCUACGGGGUCCAGUCGUUUGGUUUAUUCUACCUGUUUUCCCUUUCCCAGAAUUAAGAGUCAGAAAGGGCCGCUCCAACAAAGUUAUGUUUGAGGCCGGGGCUUUACAUGCAGCUUUCAAGGUGUUAUCUGUCACCUGUGUACACUCAGCCUUCCAAAAAUGUCUGUCUUUAUGUAAAAACGGAUUAUCCUAAAUGGGGUCUGAUAAAGAUGAAUUAGCAUUAGCAUUACGUGCCUCAUUGUGGUGGGAGGAAGGCGUGAAGAGGUUUGAUCAAGAGUCUUAAUGAAGAAGUGAUAAAGUAACAAAAUGCCAUGGCAGUGUUUUGAGAUAUGAGAAACCACUGAAAAUCAAGUGAAUUGGUGGGUGAGAUCUGAUCCUGCCCAUGUGAAAAUGUACAAGACAUUUCAAUAAAAAUCUACUUAGUUUUACCUGGAAAA